GGCGGUUGGGUCAGCUGACCUGUGUGGCGACGGGCGGAUUUAGGCCGCUGGCCUCGGCUUUGGGUCGCCGCCGCCAUGGCCAGUCAGUCGCAGGGCAUCCAGCAGCUGCUGCAGGCCGAGAAGCGGGCCGCCGAGAAGGUGUCCGAGGCCCGCAAGCGAAAGAACCGGAGGCUGAAGCAGGCCAAAGAGGAGGCUCAGGCUGAAAUUGAGCAGUACCGCCUGCAGAGGGAGAAGGAGUUCAAGGCCAAAGAAGCUGCGGCUCUGGGAUCUCAUGGCAGCUGCAGCACUGAAAUGGAGAAGGAAACCCAGGAGAAGAUGAGCAUCCUCCAGACCUACUUCCGGCAGAACAGGGAUGAGGUCCUGGACAACCUCUUGGCCUUUGUCUGUGACAUCCGGCCAGAAAUCCAUGAAAACUACCGCAUAAAUGGAUAGGGGAAGAAGGAAGAAGCGCCUGUUCCCUGGAUUGGCAUUUCAGAUGCUUCCGUGGAAUACGAAGCUUUUGCAAAGCUUGAGUUACAGUCUUGUGAAAAGGCAUUAAAUUAUUUCUGUAUGUUAUAUAGUAGGUUCUUUUACUUUUUGGAGAACAGCAAAUCUAGUUUCUUUGUACAAACUUAGAGCUUAUCCAAAGAUUUCAUCUUUUUACCUCAUAUUUCUUAGAAAUUUAAUGGGUAUGUGUUGUCUUUUUCUAUGCCUUUUAACUCGAGCAAAA